CUCACUUGUUCCUGCGCGACAGAGGCGAGUGCGCGUCUCUACUCUCCGCAGACUUCCUCGCACACGGCAUCACCUGAGAGGAGGUAUACGCACGCACACCCUCCGCGCACCCAGCUCCCGGGCCAGACCCUGCAGCGACGCGAGGAGGGAGAACUUUUGGCUUAUUUGGCCCCGUAACCUUGGAAGUCCAGAGACCUGUCCAUCCCGAGAGAGAGGGAGAGAGAGAGAGACAGGAUGGGACCGCUGCUCCUCUCCAUCGCCCUGUGUCUGAGCGCCGCUGUCCCGCAGCGUGUGGAAGCAGCAGAUGGUGAGGAACCAACUUCAGCAGGCCCUUGCCAUCCCAACCCUUGCCACAACAGAGGAGCAUGUGAGAUCAGUGAGACCUACAGGGGCGACACCUUCAUAGGAUACGUCUGCAAGUGUCCACCAGGGUUCAGUGGAGUUCACUGCCAACACAAUAUCAACGAAUGCGAGAGGGAACCAUGCAGGAACGGGGGCAUUUGCACGGAUCUGGUUGCCAACUAUUCCUGCGAGUGCCCGGGGGAGUACAUGGGGAGGAACUGUCAAUACAAAUGCUCUGGACCCCUGGGCAUGGAGGGCGGGAUCAUCUCCAACCAGCAGAUAACGGCCUCCUCUACCCACCGCGCGCUCUUCGGCUUGCAGAAGUGGUACCCGUACUUCGCACGCCUCAACAAGAAGGGCCUGGUCAACGCCUGGACCGCCGCCGAGAACGACAGGUGGCCCUGGAUCCAGAUAAACCUGCAGAGGAGAAUGAGGGUUACGGGCCUAAUUACCCAGGGUGCAAAGCGUAUCGGAAGCCCGGAGUACAUCAAGUCUUACAAAGUCGCCUACAGUGAUGACGGGAAGACCUGGAGAACAUACAAAGUCAAGGGCAAAGACGAGGAUAUGAUUUUCAGAGGAAAUGUUGAUAACAACGCUCCGGCGGCCAACUCCUUCACUCCUCCCAUCGAAGCCCAGUACGUGCGCAUUUACCCCCAAGUCUGCAGGAGGCACUGUACCCUACGCAUGGAGCUGCUCGGUUGCGAGCUAACAGGCUGUUCCGAGCCACUUGGAAUGAAGUCUGGCCACGUCCAGGACUACCAGGUCACGGCCUCCAGCAUCUUCAGGACGCUCAACAUGGACAUGUUCACGUGGGAGCCUGGAAAGGCCCGUUUGGACAAACAAGGCAAGGUCAAUGCUUGGACAGCUGGACGCAGUGACCAAUCUCAGUGGCUACAGGUGGACUUGCUCGUGCCGACAAAGGUCACAGGAGUCAUCACCCAGGGAGCAAAAGACUUUGGCCACGUGCAGUUUGUCGGCUCGUACAAAGUUGCGUACAGUAACGACGGAGAGCGGUGGAGUAUCUACCAAGACCAGAAACAAGGGAAGGACAAGGUGUUCCAGGGGAACUUUGACAACGACACGCACAGAAAGAACGUGAUCGACCCGCCCAUCUACGCUCGGCUCAUCCGGAUCCUCCCCUGGUCAUGGUACGGCAGGAUCACUCUGCGUGCCGAGGUCCUCGGAUGCACAGUGGAGGAGUGAGGUGCUGUCCUCCAUCCUUCUUGCCAUCGUUCCCUGCCCCUCCACAUACUGGGGUGUCUCGCCCAGUAUUUUAAAAAUAAACUGUGCAACCUGUAAAAAGAAAUCAAUUUCCAAUGGAUUUUUCAAGAAUACGUGUUUGGUUGUGGUGGGUUGCUGUUUGUUCUUUUGUACAAUGAUUUAAAACCUGCCCCUGAUCCACUUUUUUUGUCUUUUUGUUCCUCCACUUUGAAACGUGAUCCUUGUUUUUUGCUUUCUGAAGAUUGACCAUCCUGUUGGGAAUGAACUUCUGUAAUAUAUACGGCCGGGUUGGGGGGGACGGGCGGGGGUGGAGCCAGGAGAAGGGGGCCUCACUGUGGUUUUACCUUGUUGCCAUGGAGGCUAUUGUAAAGUGUCACUUUUUAACAAAGAUGUGAAUUCUGUCCGACGUGAUUCAUCGGACACGAUUAACCGACGUCAUUCUCCCAUAACUAAGCAUAAACAAUACGACGUAGAGAUCACACGUUGUCACACCCUCAAAUAUAUUUUUACUUGGAUUACUACACAAGCUCAAGCCAUGCUUUUACCCUAGUGGACACUGGCAUUACUACAUCAAUCAACACACUAUUAAUGCUCCUGUAUUAUAUGUAAAAGAGAAAGAAGAAAUUGCAUGGUGCGUGAAUUAUAAAUGUAUACUAUGACAAAUCAUUUAAAACCUCUAGCCCUGAGAGCUUUGAUUUAGGGACCUAUUUUUAUCUGCAUUUCUAAAUAGUUCUGAAACAUUAACACACACUGCAAAAGCUUACUGAAGAUGGCUGACAUGCGAGACAAUAAACGAGCUCUGCAGUGAACCUCGGUACUCCAGCGAUGACACUAAGGCUUAUAGACUGUCUGUAGUUGAACAUCUUAAUGCUCUCAUAAGAAGUUCCCUAUUUUUUCUUUUUUAAGUGUAUCUCUUUAUCACUAAGCUUUUUUCUAUAUUUGGGAUCACUGUUUGUGCUCGUUCCUUUUUGUAUUUAUUUAGAUUUAGUGGUCACAGUUGUCGGAAGCAUCCUAAUAUGUUUUUUAACGUUGUCUUGGAGAUCUAAGUUUAUUACAAUUCAAAAGCUCAGGAUAGAUGUCGUUCACAGUAGCUCACAACUGUCUUAUUUUUUGGGCCAAGAUUUCUGUGUUUAAUAAUUAUUUAAAUUAUGUCCAUAUGUGGACAAUUGAAAUAAUAAAAGGAGUCCUUUAAUUUCUUUACUCCUUUUGAAAUGAUAAAUGACAAGUUAAUACAUUUCUUCAGAACAGAGCAAAUGUCCAAGAUUAAUAAUAUAUAAAUAUGUGCAAUUCUCUCAAACCUAUAACGAUGAUGAACCGUGGUAACAGUACAGAGAAUUUUUAACAGCUUCUUUAUUUCAGGGAGUUUAGUCUUUAUCAGCAUACUGGGAAAAAAAUUAUACACUACUGAAAAGUGUUUCAGCGUCGGGGAUAAAGAUGCACUUCAACCGAUCGUGUGUUAUUUUAGCACCGUCUUCAAUAAGGCGGCUGCCGGUGACAUCCUGCAGUAAAUGAACAGUGCUGCUUGGCUGGUUGAAUAAAUGGAAGUAAACAGGUACCUGAGGUCUUUCGCAGCGGUUACAAACUUUACAGCCUUUCCUUAGACAGCGUUAAAAAUAGGCCUGGAUUAGUCUAGUGGUUUCCACUCUUGACUACUUCCCCCAAAGCUCUGGAGUGCUACAAUAAGAGCUGGAAGGAGCCGUGUCUACUUCCAUGCGUCACGUUUCACUCACUCACUUACCUGUCAGCUUUCAGUCAGUUAACCAGCCAAUCUUUUCAUGCUGUUGGAAAGGAGUGUUUUAGGUUUGAGAUCACAGCACAGCCUCUGUGAGAAAGUAAAAAAAAAAUGGAAUUGAAUGCAUCAGCCUAUUCAGAUUUGAUUGACAGACUAGAUUAGAUAAACAAGCGUGCAAGAGUUAUUCUCAUCACUUUAUAUUUAAUGAAUAAGUCCAUUGGAAUCAGACGUGUUUUUGGACCGACUUCAUCACGCACACUUGUGAAAAAGUGCCGCCAGAGAACAUCAGGAAACGUGUCGCCGUCCAAAUAUUGCAGAGCUCACUUUGCACCGUCGUGUUCCGGGGCUUCUCCAGCUGUCACGCCAUGAACACAGUUGUUGUUGUAGUUGACCAGUAUUCAUAUAAAGUCUGAAAACAAAAACUAAUGUGGUAUCUGGAUAAGUGGAACUGACUGUAGCUGAUAACAUUCUGGUUUGGCAAAUGAAAAAUAUGAUAUCAAAUUAUAAUGGCCUGAUGUGUGUGAAGAUCGAAGGGAUAUGUUAACUUUUGUUAUGUUAUUGCCGAACUCAGUCUGUACUUCAAUGUUACACUGAAAGACUUUGCUGUAACGUGCCAAUAUGUGAAAAUUGUUAUUGGUGUAAAUCAGUGAUUGUCAUUCCUUAGGACCGUGGACACAGAAUAAGCCUAAACUGAUCAUUUGUAACAGAUCAUUUGUCUUGAACAUUUUCCACGUUGCUUUCUCUCCAAGUGUCUGUACUUUGACCUGCAUCUGCUCUGAGUGAUCUUUGUAGUUCCCUUCCUGUGAGCUCUUAACGCAGAGCAGGCCGUCCAUAAAGCUCUGAGGAAGUUCUGCAUGAUUUAUGAGUUUGAACGGUUCCGUAUAACAAAGAUGUCCGCCGGCACAUUAUGUCCCUGCAUAUCAUAAAAGAUCUACAAGCCUUUACUUUGUACUCACCAUAGAUUGUCUUGUGUAUUGUAAAACUUCAUCUCAAGGGUUAAAAA